AUAAUAAAUAAUAAUAAGAAUAACCUGAGCGCUGGGGGGCGGAAGUGAGCUCGAGGCCGCUUGUCGCGCUUUAAGCUGUGCGCUGAUGUGCUGCGUCAGAUCCGGUGAGUGAUGGCGGGUAAGAUGGCGGUGCUGUUAGAGAGGAGUUUGAUCGAGAUCUGCGGCUUUGAGAGAGAAACUCUGAACCGAUACAGAGAAAUUAACAUUAAUCUGGGUGUAACUGCGCCCCCCGGUGGUGCGAGGCUUGCGGACAGUGCUGGCGGAUUCUCCUACGAGGAGAGCAGCAAACUUCCAUCCAUCACCAGCAACAGGUUCAUCCACUGGUCCACCUGUGCAGAUGUGGUGCAGCUGGUGGAACAGUCCCUGGAUACGAACCUCCUGAAUAACUCCCUCCGGCUGAAGUUCCUGAACUGCUCGGUGCUUCCUGGUGGGGUUCACAUCCACGAGACCCUGAACCAUGUGAUCGUCCUCGUCGUCACCAACCAAUCAGUGCACAGGAUGGUGCUGCCCCACCCCACACACAUGUACCGCAGUGAGCUGGUGGCCGAGCUGCAGAUGCAGAGCGUUUUCACAGACGUGGGGAAGAUCUCGGUGCAGGACGCCGUUCAGUCCUUCACCCUGUCGUUCCCUCACAGCCCCGUCACCUCCACCGCCUGGCUCAGCACCCACGGCCACGCCCACUUCGCUUUAGCCACUCCCACCGGGGGCAUCACCAUGGUUACCUUACCACCUCACGACCAGCAGGGAUCAGUAUCAGUGCUGGAGCUGAAGCAGAGCUCGGUCAUGCAGAGGUUAGCAGGCUGGGUACCGACAGCCAUCAGGGGGGAGCAGACCCCAGGUGACCUGGCUGUGAGUUUGGCGGUGUGGCCGAUCGAUGACGACACUUUCAUCUUCGCUCUGUGUCAGGAUCAUAAGCUGCGGGUUUGGUUCCAUAAGGAGCAGCAGUGUGUGCUGGUGGCUGAUCUCCUGGAGUACGUUCCUGUGGGACGCUCUGAGCUGAGGACCACGCCCGGAUCUUCUCACCGCCUGCGCGUGUGUUACUCCGCCUCUACAGGCGUGUGUGUGGGCGUGUACAUCGCCGCGCCCAACCGCGCCCAGUUCUGUGUCCUCCAACUGGUGUCCAGUAACAACACGCACUACAGCCUGGAACACAUCUCCACCAUCUACAGCACCCAGGAGACUCUGGUGGACUUUAUCCUCACACCCUCUGAUAUUUGGGGCCUGUGGAUGGACGAUGAUAAUCAGACGGUGGUGAAGUACAUCAACUUUGAGCAUAACUCAGCAGGUAUGUGGAACCAGGUGUUUGUACAGCCACCCCCAGAGGAGGAAGUUCACAUCGGGUCUGAUCAGGAUCCCAGAGAGACGUACCUGGACGUCCUGUUCUCUCCUCUACGCUUCAGCGCCGCAGCCAUAGUGAAAGCUCUUCAGAUCUACAGACGCGGCGCUGACCGGUACCUGGACCUGACGUGGGAAACCCUGAAGAAAGAAGUCACGCUGGCUGUUGAGAAUGAGCUCCAGAGCAGCGUGACCGAGUCCGAGUUCUCUCAGGAGGAUUACCGAAUGCUGCAGGUGGAGUUCUGGUCCAAGUUCUACGCCUGCUGUUUGCAGUACCAGGAGGCUCUGUCCACACCUCUCGCCCUGCACGUGGACCAGUCCACCGCCAUGGUCUGCCUGCUCAAGAAGGGUUUGGUGUCGUUCCUGCUGCCGUGCUUCGCAGUAGAUCACCUGUACCUGUGCCCUGAUGAGUACCUGUUCUCAGAGGAGGAAACACCUGUAGCUGAAGAACCCGAGCUGGGUGGAGAUGUCCUGCAGCUGGUGCAGUGUUUGAGGAUGCUGAGCGAGUGUGUACAGGGUGAGAUGGUGUGUAUGAUGGACCGCGCGCUGGAGAUGUUGAUGUCACCUGAAAGAGCUGCAGAACAAGUGCUGGAGAACCUGCUGGCUAAUGACACCGAUAACGUGAUGAACGACAUCACCAACAAGCUGCAGGAUGUUCGGAACCCGCUGGCCGCCAUGAACGCUCUGCUCAGGGAACUCGACCUGGAGGCGGAGCCAGAGACCCCCGACAUGGCCACGCCCGCUACAGGGCGCUCUCUGGGCCUGCGGGUGAGUCUCUCUCAGCUGUACAGCAGCAGUGUGGCGGUGAGCGUGGUGUGCCAGGCUGUGUGCCACAUGGGCAUGACGCGGGCGCUGAUCUGCAGAGACCUGCUCAUCCUGCAGCACCUCUACCUGCGCAACGCUGACAACAUGUUGCUAGCAGGUAGUAAUCAGUGUUUGCAGCUGCAGGAGGAUCUGAUUCCACGCUGUUCACACCUGCUGUACUGCUACCACCUUCUCAAACAGCUCGGCCAAACCCUCGCCUCACCUGUACCCCUCGAUACACUGGAUGCGAACCUGCAGCAUUUGUCAGUACUGAAGCUGUCAGACUCUGCAGCUCUCUCCUCUACCUACAGAUCAGUUCUGACUCCUCAGACGGUGGUGGAACUCUUCUAUCAGAACGUGGCUCGUAAAUCCAUCGUGCAGCAGCUGUUCAGCCAGCAGGAGGCGCAAGAGAGUCACAUCACACUGCACUGGAACCAGUUCAUCUCCAGUGUGGUGCAACUGCUGGCACAGUUACUUUGGCCCAGUAAUCCCAACUUUCUGUUCCCGGAGUGCAUGAUGGGAAACUGCCAGUACACACAGCUUCAGGAAUACGUGCGUGUGACCGGGCCGUGGUGCCAGGCUAACGUUGGCUCGUGCCGCUUCGUCCUGGGUCAGGCGUACCUGGCCUGUGGGGAGGGACAGAAGGCGCUGCAGUGUUUUCAGGAAGCAGCUCCCGAGGUGGAGAAGGAGGAUUUCCUAAUGAGACUGACGGGAUCUGAGGAGGACGAGGCCGCCGGUACAGCCGCGAGGUUGUUGUACUAUAAUAAGGUGCUGAGGCUGCUGGAGGACGUCGGGUUGCCAGAUCUUGUAAUUCAGUUAGCUACACUGGCUGUAUCAGAGGCUGUGAAUGAUGAGCGCAGUCAGGCCGCUCUGUGGACUCGCAUCUUUAAACACCAUCUGGAUUUGGGACACAACCGAGAGGCUUAUGAAGCUCUCAUCCAGAACCCUGAUACCAGCAGGCAGUUGGACUGUCUCCGUCAGUUGGUGGUGGUUCUGUGUGAGCGCUCUCAGCUACAGGAUCUCGUCCAGUUCCCGUACGUCAGCCUGCACGAAGAGGUGGUGGGGAUUAUUGAAUCUCGUGCCCGUGCUGUUGACCUGAUGACCCAUAAUUACUACGAGCUGCUCUACGCCUUCCACAUCAACCGCCACAACUACAGGAAAGCCGGUACAGUGAUGUUUGAGUACGGGAUGAGGUUGGGGCGGGAGGUUCGGACCCUGAGGGGGUUACAGAAGCAGGUGAACUGUUACCUGGCGGCUCUGAACUGUCUCCGUCUGAUUCAACCCGAAUACGCCUGGAUCGUCCGUCCCUCGUCUGGACCUGCGCAGUACGAGCGGCCGGGUGCGUCACCGAAGCGCAGCCACGAUGGAGAUUUAGCUCCAGCACCAGUGAGUCGUCAGAUCGAGAUCUUAGAGCUGAAGGAUCUGGAGAUGGAGUACGUCCUGGCACGCUGCCGCCUCACCCUCGCCCAGCAGGACCCGUCAUCAGCCGCCAUCGCAGGCAGUGCCUCAGCAGCAGAGAUGGUGUCGCUCCUGGUUCAGGCUGGAUUGUUUGAUACGGGGUUGUUACUGUGCCAGACCUUCAAACUGCCCCUCACGCCCGUCUUCGAGGGUCUCACCUUCAAGUGUAUAAAGCUGCAGUACGGAGGAGAUCAGAACCAGAACGAAGCCUGGAACUGGUUAUCAGCCAAUCAGCUUCCCAACCUCAUCACCACCAAGGAGUCCAGUGCUACAGAUGAAGCCUGGAGACUGUUGGCCUCAUACCUGGAGAAACAUCAAUCCCAGAAUGCUCAGUACCAUCGCUGUGUCAUCAACAGGUUACUUUCACAUGGAGUUCCGGUUCCUGUCUGGCUGGUUAAUGCUUAUAAGGAAGUAGACGCCGCCUCUCUGCUGCGUCUCUAUCUGAACUAUGAUGAGCUGGACUGUGCGGCUGAGCUGGUGAUGGAGUACGUGGACGCUCUGCUGGGGAGGGGACAUCAGUACUUCGGGAUCGAGAUGCCGCUGAGUGCCACGGCGGAUCUGGCUUGGUUGCCCUACACCUCCAUCGACCAGCUUCUGCACAACCUGAGGGAGAGCCCCACCAACACCAAGGUCUACGAGCUGCUGAACAGGAAGCUGAUGGAGUAUCACAGGCAGGUGGAGAGGAGCAGUAAACACCGCCUGCAGAUUCCAGCCUGAACACAGCACUACACAAAUCCCUCCCCCCCCCCCACACACACCCCCCCACACACACACACUCCCACACACACACACCCGCGCCAGAGCAAACCCCAGGACUUGUGUCGACCUCAGAGCUGCAGUUUUGUAUCUUUGUAUUUGAAAUAAAAAUGAUGGUUUUGUAUGAA